CGAGAGCUCGAGGGCCGGGGCGAGCCUGGGGUUUCAGCACAGGAUUUCCGCGGGGCAGGGGUUUCAGCAGCAGCAGCAGCAGCAGGGCCAGGAGUUUACGCUCGUUCCGCACAGGGGUGGCCGUAGGAGCGGUGCUGCGAGACAGGCCCGCUCAAUCGUCAGCGAUACUGCCAGCACCGUGUCCACCAUACGCACUGCGACGACCGCUACGACAGGUUACGGUGCGCCCGGAAAUGCUAUGGUGCCGUAUGAGGGGUUGCAAAGUAGCCCGGCUUGGGGCAAUAACGUUUAUGGUGUCGAGGGCUUGCAGGAUGAGUAUGGCAUUGAGGGAUUUGCGAGGCCGAAUAUCCUGCAGCUGGAGCAGGAGGACGAGGACUACGACGAUGAGCAUCCCACUGGCUUCCGGAGGGCGAAUGAAGCUGAUCUGGCUGAGAGAGCGGGACAGCCCCCUGAUAAUUCUUUUGUGCUGCCUACUCGCCGUCACGCCGAAUUCGAUGCCCGUUUCUUUGGUGCCAACAGCCACAAUGUCCUGCACAUCGCGAGGAAGACGGGUACCCAUAUCUCGAUGCCGGUAGACAUGAGCGAGCCGGUGCUGUGGAUGUGGGGAACUGCUGACCGGCUGUUGUCGGCGAGACGCGAUCUGCAUGCGCUUAUGGAGCAGGUUCAAAACGAUCUUGAGCAUGGAGCGCGGCGUUCCAGUCUAUGGGUAAAGAUCAGGGCCAUGCCGACGGAUAAGAAGCAGCAGAUGAUCGACAAUAUGAUCAAGGAGGCGAGGGUCCGCAAGAUGUAUCGGCUGCCGCCGCCGACUGGUAUUUCGUUCCCGGCGGUGGGCAUCUUCAUCUGGCCGGCCAAGGAACGCAGUCCGCAGCAGAUCCUCGGAUUGGCAUGUGAAGCGCUUGACGAUAUCCGCUUCGAUCAGAAGGUCUGGAUCCUGUUCAACAGGAAGGGGAACAUGUUUCGCGUUCUCGGUGACGACCCCAGGGACGUCGACAUUGCCGUGUCGCGCAUUCGUGGCGUCUUCUGCGAGGUUGCGGCCAAGAGGCGGAGGCCGACGAAGAUGGUCCUCCUGCACCCACCCUCCGUGAAUCUCAGUGCCACCAAGAUCGUCGCCAACGAGAACCACGACCUCAUCAACCGCCAAGUCACGGUCAAGCGUCUCGAGGCGAACAAGGGUAUCCAGAUGUUGCUAGGCGGCCCCGCGCCGAAUCUGAAGUUUCUCCAGUCGUGGAAGAUCAAGAGCGAGAUCUUGACCAGAGCGAAUGACACUUACAUGCGUAAAGCACUCGAGCAGGGCAUACAGGAUCUCACCUAUUUCCUGGGCCAUGCGAGGAUCAGGGUAUACAUUGGAAAGAUGGUUCUGUACGGCUACAGAAGGGCAAGGGAAAACACCUAUGACAUUCUCGACUUCGGUGCGAUGGUUCGCAACAGCCAGACCGACGGCGAGCUCAUCAGGUCUAUCGGCAGCGGUAGAUACGGCAUCAAGGACAAUGAGGUGGCCGACGAGCUGCGCCAAUACUGCGACCGUAUCUUUACGCCGAUGGACACCAAUCCCGAUCACAGGAGCGAGGGCCCAGUCGUCGAACCCCAGAUCUCGGCUACUUUCGAGCUCAAGCUGUACGACGAGCAGGGUGCGGCUCAGGAUAUUCGUCUGGAAGUCACUUACGAACGUCUACCCGGCAAGAGGGAAUACCGUCCACUGGACCGUCGCUGGCUCAACACGAGGGACAAAGAGAGCCGUCCCAAUGCCGACAACCCGCGCAAGGGACCGGUCAACAUCAAGGUGAUAGAUGUCCAAGCAGAUCUCGGAUACCAGAUCGAGAUCGUCACCUGGUCACUAUACCGCGAGACACACUAUCCCAUCUUCCAGGAAUUCUCUCGGGCUCUCGGCAUCGAGUAUAUUCCGGACGAAUUCACCGCCGCACCCCUUCCGGAGCUAGGACAGCCCGAUACCCGCCCCACCAUCCCGCGCAUCACGUUUGUCAACCUCCCCGGCAUGUCCGUCUCCGGUGUUGUCCAGAAGACCAAGUACCGCUACUACCUACCCCGCACCAGUUACGUCUUCGAACUGACGCGGUACGAACAUCUCCCGAUUCACCCUGUGUCGACGCUGUACCCAGACGGCGUGCCCAUCUCGUACCGAGGCCUCGACACGCCAUUCGACACGCGCUGGGGCUGCGCAAUCUGGCACAAGCGCUGGGACCAAUACCUGAGCCAGCAGGCAGUAGCGCAGCUGGGGCAGCGCGGCGACUGGGACCCGGACAUUGAGAAGUUUUUCCCCAGCUCGUCGGCGCAGCCCGCCACAGACAGCGACGCCGAAACGGUAAAGGACGGCCGUCAGCGCGAGCACGUCCCCGACGAGUACAACGACGACGGCUUUGCGGAGUUCCUUGAUACCGUUCGACAGGUCGUACGCCUCGUCAAGAGCGCGCAGGAGAAUGUCGCCCGCCAGAAAAUGACGCAGGUGGAGGCGUGGACGGGCGGCCAGGCUGUUGUGUACUAGGCUAGGUAGUGGGGGUGGGUUCGAUGUGUUCGCUGUGUAUCAUCUGGUUGAUUGAAUACUCGGUUUGGUCUGGUCUGGUCAUUUCGUUACCUACGUCACAUCCUAGAGAUUUUUCGGCUUGAUUUUCACUUUUUCUUUUCUUUUCUUUUCUUCUGUUUGUGGUGAUACCUUGUGCAUGGCUGAGGUAGAUGGUAGAUAUAGCC